UGUAUCUCUCAGCUCGGAAUACAUUACGACUGAUAACGAACAACGGCGCGGGAUACAUCGGUGGUGGAUAUACGGAAGAAGACGGAGGACGCAGUCUGCUAUGCUGGCCUCGAGACAAAAUGGGUGAGCGUCAGACCUACGUGAAGCUCAGUGAAGAGAAACUUAUACCAAAGUCUGCCAUCUUGUCACUGCUUCGGACCUACAACUGUUACCAUGAAGGGAAAAACUUCCAGCUAAGAACUCGCGAGGAGGAUGGAGAGCUCAUCCUUGAGGGGUUGCUGAACAUCUACUGGGGUCUGCGCCGACCAAUCAGGCUCCAGAUGUACGACGACAAUGAAAGGUUUCGUCUCAACCGAAACGAUAGAUCUGCUUUGGCAAAGCAGCUCUCAGCGGAGUCUAACAAUAACUCACUGGGCACAGAGAGUGGACCAGCUAGUGGUGACAUGUGUGGUCAGGAGGAGGAGGAUUCUCCUCAGCUGCUGAGGACUAGGAGUGAUGCCUCCUUCAUGCGGGUUCAGAGGAGGUCAAAGACACACACUGCCAGAGAUUUGCAGCGCUUGCGAACACACAGGUUCUCAAUCAACGGACACUUUUACAACCACAAGACAUCUGUAUUUACUCCAGCCUACGGAUCGGUCACUAACGUACGAGUGAACAGCUCCAUGACGACUGGACAAGUCCUCAACCUGCUACUGCACAAGUUCAGGGUGGAGAAUAAAUCUGAAGAGUUUGUCCUUUAUAUGGUGCACGAGUCUGGCGAAAGGACCCGGCUGAGGGAUGGCGAAUACCCGCUGGUGGCUCGUGUGCUUUAUGGACCCUGUGAGAAGAUCUCUAAAAUCUUGAUCACAGAGGCGGACCUGGGAGAGGAAGUUACAUAUGAUGUUGCCCAAUACAUAAAGUUUGAAAUUCCUGUUUUAGACAGCUUUGUCGAGAAACUUAAAGAGGAAGAGGAACGCGAGAUAAACAAGCUGACCAUAAAGUACAGCGCUCUGAAGUCUAAGAUCCAACAUCAGCUGGAAGGCGGAGCUCACACCAGUGACAGAAUAUGAGUGUUUUUGUUUGCUCUGAUGUAACCUGUAUAUGAGUGUGGGGGGGCAACACCAAUGAUUGUUGAUUUACAAUGGGAACAUUUGCCACAACUGUAGUAAAUGUAGAGGUAAAGGUAAAAGGGUCAAAGUAAAGGCUGAAAUAGAACCAUAUCUUACACUAAUGUGCUCUUAGAAUGACAUUUUGUAUGAUCUGUUAUAGUUGCUGUAUUAUUGGGAAAUAUAUAACUGCUUUGAUAUCCCUACUAUUAAUAUAUUUGCAUUUUGUAUAAACAUUCUUACUGCAAAUUUGAAUAUUGAUACAAGCUGUUUUUUGGUAAUGUAUUCUCUGACUUGGACCUUUUUAUGUAAUAAAUCUGUUUUAGCGUGGCCUUUA